AAAUGUAUUCGUACUAUUAUAUUGGGAAAUUCCGGUACAUAUACUUAUGCGGAAUGUGUAUAGAACUGCUAGUCGGCAACCGGUUCUAUAAAAGGAAGCGCAACUGAUGCUGCCAAACAGUAGAUCAUCGAACUUGUAUUCACUAGAUACCUGCUUGGGCAUAUAGGACAUCGUACAACGAUAGCUCGGCGCAGCUCGGUGGUCUCUUAUAUCAGACGAUUAAACUUUAGCAAAAUGUUGUUUUAUUUGUUACUAAUUACUGCAACGCCAUUUCUCAUCACUGCACAAAAUUCGGAUGGAUCUGUAAAGACGUCUUCGAUAGAUAGUUUCGUUUUUGACGGUCCAGUGGCUUCCAGAUCUAAUGGAGAACAAAGCGCUACAUCAGCAUCCGCAACAACUGCUGCAUCUGACCAAUAUGAUGCAUGCGUGAUAAACUGUCCAGUAACACCAGAAUACAAUCCUGUUUGCGGUACAGACAACAUUGUUUAUAACAAUCCCGAAUUAUUAUCUUGCGCUAUACGUUGUGGAAAAAAAGUGACAUUAAACUAUUAUGGACGUUGUAACUCAGCACCCACAACAACUGCAUCCACAACAAUUGCAUCCGUUACUCUGCCUAAUGAUGACCAAUACAAUGCAUGCGUGAUGAACUGUCCAAUAACAUCCGAAUACAAUCCUGUUUGCGGUACAGACAGCAUUGAUUACAUCAAUCCUGGAUUAUUAUCUUGUGCUGCACGUUGUGGAAAAGAAGUGACAUUAAACUAUUAUGGGCGUUGUUCAACAAGCAGAACUGGAUAACUUAUUAUUUUUAUUAUAUGAUUUAAUUUAUGAUAAUAAAUGAAAGACUGACAAACGUGAGAAAAAUAAACAUAUUUACACACUUCGUAAAAUAUAUUAUACAUAUGUAAUAUACUCAACAUAACAAGUAUCUUCAUUUGCUUUUAUUCAUUUGCAAGAAUAAUUGUUGACUUGAUUUUUACUUUGGUCUUUUUAACUUAAAUGGUUUUAUAAUUAAUAUUACUAAUAUCAAACGAAUUGUACAAAUAAAUUUU